GCUUCUCUAUUGCAUAGCAAAUACUUGUUUGGACUUUGGACUGUCACCAGCUCCAUUACAUCUCAUGAAGCCGAACGUUAUGGGCCUUGCUUGGAAGCAGAACAAGUUAAAUGUGGGUCAGCCCAAGCCAAACGAUACGGGCCUUGCUUGGCUCUGUGGCCCAUUUUCCGACCUCGAUUGCGGAACCGAAAACCUUGGGACGACGAUCGACGAGUGUCGAAACUCGAAACCCAAAAACCCUGCCCUGAACUCGAUCUCUCUCUCCGUAAACAAUAGUUCGUUGUUAGAAGCUUUCUCUGCACUGCGAAUCAAGGAAUUUCGACCACAGAGCGAAGAAAUGGGACGGGCAGCUCUUCUCCACUUGAUCCGAUCUCAAACCAGAUGCAUAUCUUCUGCCACCAACCGCUUACCUUCAGGUUUGUUGUUCUCGUUUCUCACUGCAGAAGCAUCGUAUGCUGACCUGACCUAAUACCCUUUUACUGGAAUUGUACGAGGAGAAGAAAGUUCCGAUCUUUUCUUGUUUUAAGCUUGUAAUUUGGUUCUGUCACCUCUUCUGCUGAUAAGGUCUUUUGAGUUGAAUGGGGAACAAAUUCUGUGGUCUUGUAGCUCUUAGAUGUGACCAUUUUGAGCGGGUCUCUGGGUUUUUUUCCUGUCUUACUCGUGAGCAUCUCCUGUUUCUACUUUCUAGUUUCAUUCAGGGUGGUAGUUUCUACUGAACAUUUAUACAGAUUGGCUUCAAUUUCUUGUUGAUAGGAUGUCCUGAUUAGAUUCUCCUGGGGUAGCAGCCAUGAUCCUAGUUUUUGCUUGCAGUCUGCAGCUCACUAUUGCGCAAUCGGUGUUUUGAGCUGUAACUCCCAGACACUUAUCAUUUAACGGUCUGUACAAAGGAAAAUGAAUUUACCUUUGCAGAGUGUUCAGAAUCAUAUAGUGUCCAUUCCGUUCUUAUUAACCACUCACAGUGUUGGACCCCUAAUUUGGGGAUCUUCAGUGACUUUCUACUGUCUAACUGGGGCUGCUUCCCUCUUUUAGCUUGACAAGUUCGGUUGUGCUAAUUAUGCUUCAUGUUUCAAGUCGCCCUAUGUCCAAGUUAGUGUUUAAGUUAUGUGUACCAAAUGUUUUGGUCAUGUAAACCUCCCUGGUUACUGUUGAUCUGACACUGGUUCAACCUAGUGUGAUCUUUGCCUUGUGCUUGUAAUCAAACUAUAUCCAAUCUCUCGUAUAAAUUUUUUGUCCAACUAUGCAAUUCAAUCACGAUCGGGUUGGUUGAUACAUGAUGAGAUUGAGUUCAUUUAACAUGUUUUCAUUUUUGCCCAGUAUUCUGUGCUAGUGAUGUUCCUAUAGUUUGCUGCAUCAUUGUUUUAGGAACAUUCUGUGUCUGCAUUCUAGUUUCAGAAUCGUUGCUUCUCAGCAACUAACCACUGGCUUAUCAGAACAUGCAUAUUUAUCCCUUUCUUUUGAAGGUGUAGACUUCUAACUCCUUGUUGUUGAUUCCAUCCCUCAAUUAGGUUAUCAACCCUAUAGGACCAUCCCAUGGUUGCACCUUCCAAAUGCUAGACCCAGCUUCACUCCUGCUUUCUCGGCGCAGAAAAGGUGGGCAUCUCAAGCUGCUGCUGCUGCUGAAGAAGAUGAUAACAGGAUCUCCAUUGGUCCACGCAAGGAUAAAUCACCUGAAGAAGACAAAGAUGAUGAAGACGAGACCGGGAUUGUUUAUCGAGGUCCCAUAUCAUCAACGAUCAAGAAAGUAAAGAUGCUAUCACUCUCCACCUGCUGUCUGUCGGUCUCCCUGGGACCCGUCAUCACCUUCAUGACGUCAACAGAUUCGAACGUGAUCCUGAAGGGUGCGGUUGCAUCGUCCGUGAUCUUCUUCAGCGCCUCGACCACCGCCGCGCUGCACUGGUUCGUGAGCCCUUACAUUCACAGGCUGAGGUGGCAGCCUGGUUCCGACAGCUUUGAGGUGGACAAGAUGUCCUGGCUGGCCACGUUUGCCAAGGAGACCAUCAGAUUUGCAGACAUCCGUGUGGCGGAGACCAACCGACCCUUUGUGUCUUUCAUGGCCAAUGGCAAGUUUUACUUCGUGGACAAAGAGCACUGCCACAACAAAGCAUUGCUUGCCAGACUUACCCCGCAGACGCGGGAAUCGGCAUUCAAGAACUUGUGAAUUGGAGAAGGGGCCGAACCAUCCUUGCAAUAUGUACCAGAGCUUAAUUCCUCUAUCUGGUCUUGACACUUGAUCCUGCCCGAUUUAAGCUUGGGUUUAUGACUGGCUUGAAACUGUUUCAGGUAGAAGGGAGUUUAGAUAAUAAUUUUAUGCAGUCGAAUCUCAUCGAGUUGCUAAAGUUUUGCUGGCGGUGAAGAAUAUUUGUUCGAAGAUCUAUCAUGUUUGAAAUUGCAAUUGUUAUCGCAGUAUUAUGUAUCUCUCCUUUUCACCUCCUUUUUUCCACUGCGGUACACAAGUCCAGAAUCCUCACUUUAUACAAAAAGUGCUAUUUUCUCAUACAACGGUUCAAAUUCGAAACUAGGGAGUUUAUACCAACUUUUGCUCCUCAUCGUUUCUGAUCACGAAUUGUCAAAUCCUCGACAGAGCAAAUGUAAAGCUCGGUUUGAGAACGAAGCUUCAGUUUAGAGAAGGAUUCAAUCGAUUUCGGUAUAUGCUUUGAGCCAAACGACGGAAUAUUCAAUGUUUAUCUUGUGCAUCGGUGCUGCAGUCGCGGUGCCAAAACAAGGGUUGAUAGGGGAACUUAUAGAUAGUGAUGGCAAUUUCAACUCGCCCCGCGGGUAUUACCCGACCUGACCCGCGAUAGGGCGGGUAUUACCCGAUCCACAGUAGCGUGGGAUGGGGCAUGGAUAUAUACUUCCGACUCGCCUUGCCCCGUCCCACCCCGUUCUAGACUCAUUUUAUCUCAAUAUCUUACAAUUUAUAUACAUAUUUCUCCUAUUUUGAUUUUUCUUCAACUAGUUAGAGUCGCUCUUUCAACUUGUUAGACUCAAUUACCCAUUCUAUUAUCACUAUUUUUCAUUUUUAAAGUGUUUUACCCUUCGUUUUAUCAUAAAAAGUAAAAUUUACU